GAUAAAAAAGAAGCGCAGCAGUUGGAAUAAGUUCGUUGGCCAGUUCGAAGCCGAAAUUAGUGCAACGACAGGCGACUGCCAGAGCGGGUCUCCACAUCACAACCUUACCACUUCAGAGAUGAUGCAGCUGAUUUACAUGGCCAUGGGCUGGGUGCUCCUCUCCUCCGCCCUGCAGGCGGCCAUUCUGCCGCUAACUCUCAUCGAAAAGGGCAGUGGGGACGAUAAGCCCUUUCCCUUGGAUACGGAAAAGUUUGGCUAUCUGGAGCUCAAGCCAAAUGGUUCCCUGAUACUGAGACGGGGCCCAAGCCAGAGCGGCAGCAAUCGGCAGAACCUACUUCUGCUGCGUGGAGUUCUGCAGGCCAUCAAACAAGACAGCCACCACUCCCAUGGCGGGACCGAGCUCAACAUCCGGAUCUACGGCGACGGAGUGGAGCAUAAGUUCCCCCCUCUGCUGGAGAACAUCAUCCAGCGCAUCCAGACCUACUUCUCCGUCUAUCGCUACACGGACACCAGUCAACCGGUGCGCAGAGACGAGGCUCCCACCAAGGAAGCCAUAGAUGGGGAUCUGGGUGUCACCACCGUGCGGACUGGCGACGAGGAUGAUCUGAUAGCCAUUGGGGAGCAGGAUGCCUACAUUACAGUGGGCGAGGGCGCAGAUUAGACCAAAUCAGGGAGAGCCUCUUCGGAAUACACUAUUUAUUUCAUAUUUAUGUCCCUAGCUCUAAGCCAAUAAAAUGCCGUUCCCCAAGACUGCGGUCCCAGCCCUGAUUUGCCUACGAUUGGGCACGUUCCGUUAGUGCUUUGUAUGCAGUGCUGCGGAUCGGGCUUCCCCGUGUAAUAUGUGCAAUAUUUCUAUGCUGCCGGGGAAUUUGGCGAACUGCGCAAGAAGCAACCGUUGAGGGUCAUUGUCAUUGCACAAUCUGUAAAGUUUUGAACUGAAUUCAAUUGAAUUAUUCAAGCCAUGGCAGCUCCCUAAACUAUUCACAGAUGGGGCUGUAGUUGGGGAAGAAGAUCCAGUAAUCUUAGCUGUAAUCUUUUCCUUAAGUUCCACAAGCUCCAUCUAUCUUAUGGCCCCACCCAUCUCUCUCUUUGUCCACCUUCUUUUACAUUUUACAUUCACUUUUUUAUUGUUCUGUUUUACUUUUUCAAUGUUAUGGUUAAUGAAUAUGUAA